CUCCCUGCAGGAGGUCACCUCCCCCACCCCCAUGCUGAGGAGCAGCUACGCCUCCCUCAUGAACCUGGGCCCCGCCGCCGCGCAGAGCUCCGCCUACUCCCGGCCCCAGGAGUUCGUGGCGGCCCGGCUGCUGUCGCCGGUGAUGAGCCCGUCCCCGACCGAGUCGCCGGUGCCGCUGCUCAACGAGCUGGCGGCCGAGUUCAACUCGUCGUCGGCGGCCAGCUCCCCGACCCUGCCGCCGUUCUCCCCGCCGCCGCGCGUCUUCCCCACGCGGGUGCUCCAGUCGCCCGCCAGCCCCCUGUCGGUGACGUCUUCGCCGACGCUGAUCUCCGCCCCGUACCUCAACUCGGUGUUCGCGGGGCGGACCCAGUCGCCGCCGCAGGCCGCCUCCCCGGCCUCCAGCAGCUCCACCCCCAGCCCCAUCCAGAACCCCGUGGCCUUCCUCAGCUCCGUCCUGCCCUCGCUGCACAUCGCCAAGGGAACCAACUCCAUGGGGCUGCCCAAGAGCGCCCCGGCAGGGCAGUUGAGGAGGCUACCCAAAUCGCGGACGCCGUCCUCUGAAGAUAUCAGAGCCAGCAAAGAGGUGAUCCUCAACGACAUCGAGCGGAGGCUCAACGCCAAUCGCUUCAACGAUAAUUCUUCACCUUUUGGAUUUCAACAGGCGUACAAAGUGUCCAACUUCGAGCAGCGGCUGAUGAGCGAGAUCGAGUUCCGGCUGGAGCGCACGCCGGUGGAGGAGUCGGACGACGAGGUUCACCACGACGCCGUCCCUACGGGCCGCUGCAUCGCCCCCGUCUUCGACAAGAAGCUCAAGAACUUCCGGGCCAUGGAGGGGGUGCCCGUCACGCUCUCCUGUAAGCUGGUGGGGAUCCCCAUUCCCAAGGUGUACUGGUUCAAAGACGGAAAGCAGAUCUUGCGAAAGAACGUUCACUAUAAGAAGAUACGAGAGGGCGACGGAACCUGUGCCUUGCACAUCGACUGCACCACCAACGACGACGAUGGGAACUACACCGUCAUGGCGGCUAAUCCCCAGGGUAGGAUCAGCUGCUCGGGCCAUUUGAUCGUCCAGACGGGUGCUUCCCGGAAUAGAAUGACACCCAUUCACUCUCAGAGGGUGAAGACCCGCAUACAGGAAGUUGAGGACGGCGAGCCGAGCCAGGAACGCUUCUUUCAGCCUCACUUCCUCCAGGCUCCGGGGGACAUGGUAGCCCACGAGGGAAGACUGUGCAGACUAGACUGUAAGGUGAGCGGCCUGCCCAACCCGGAGCUGAUGUGGUUGGUCAACGGGAAGCCCAUCUACCCGGACAUAUUUCACAGGAUGUUGGUGCGGGAGAACGGCGUCCACUCGCUGGUCAUCGACCCCGUGGUGCAGAACCAUGCCGGCGUCUACACCUGCAUCGCAAGCAACAAAGCCGGCCAGAGCUCCUUCUGCCUAGACCUGAAGGUGUUAGAGAAGGAGGUGAAGCACCCUCCGCACUUUGUGGAGAAGCUGCAGAACUGCGGGAUCCCGGAGGGAAACCCGGCUAGGCUGGAGUGCCGCGUGUCGGGAAUGCCUCCUCCCGCGCUUUUCUGGAAGAAGGACAAUGACACGAUCCCUAGAAAUAAGGACAGAUUCAGCAUGCAUCAAGAUGCCACUGGGUACGUGUGUCUCCUAGUCCAGCCAACCAGGAAAGAGGAUGCUGGCUGGUACACGGUCUCGGCUAAAAAUGAGGCUGGCAUAGUGUCAUGCACCUCCAGACUAGACAUUUAUGCCCAAUGGCACCAGAGUAUCCCCACGCCCAUGAAGACGGCGCCGCGCACGGGCUCCCGCUACGCAGCCCUCACGGGCCAGGGGCUGGACAUCAAGUCGGCUUUCCCUUCCACUGAGAGCGGACCCAUCCUGUUCUCCAGCUCCCCGCGGGAGUCCCAGCUGGAGAGUGACGAGCUCUGAGCUCUGAGCCUCCGCCGAACGGGACCACGCACAGCAGUGAGCCCCCGGUCGGAGCUCUGGUGAGGUUCGGGCCGACGGAACCUUGGCUGUGAUUCUACGCUACAACACGCAUCGUCAAAACCGUUGUGUGGUAGCAAACGUGACAAGUAAUGCAUCGAAAGUUAAGAGUGAAAGUAACAUGGCUGUAGUGGCUGGCACCUGUGUCGAAUGACAGACCUAGCAGAUGGCAGACUGAAGGGCUGAUUAUGGUUCCACGUCGACGCAACGCAAGGGGGGUUACGGACCCCCUUACGUCCUUGCAGACCCUCCUUGCGUCCACCUCGAGGGCCGGACGUGCGCCUCCCAAAAAUUGUAACCUUGCGUCGUGGUGACGCAGCAGCGAGGGCUGUGAUUGGUCCGCUUGCUAAAAACCAGACACGGAACCAAUACAGGUUCACGACUGCGUCGAAGCGUCUGCGUGGUCGUUGCGUCGACGUGGAACCAUAACUGAGCCUUAAGUAACGACUCCAGUUUAUUGGUGGCAUUGAGAUUAGAGCAUUAUGUUCUGCAUUAUGCGUGCAGAAAUACAGGAUGGUUUUGCAAAGUCUUAGUCCACAUCCCAACAGUCACACAUGUGAAUGUUUGUCUGUGUUGUGGAAGAUUUUAAUCCCCUUCAUCUUUUUCUACAUCAUAGUCUGCAUUUUUUAGACGCAUUUUCGGUUUCUUUCAGUUCAAACUCUGUUCUUAAUAAUUGUAUGAUAUUUUAUUUAUACAGUCCCACAGAUAAUUUUGACAAUGUUUUAUUUUGUAUUGCAACAUCUAUAUAGUUGUGGUAAUAAUAAUUGCUUUAAAUGUUAUUUAAAAUGACAUAUACCUUCAUAGCGUUUUAUUGUCCUACAUAUUCACAUAUACAUUAGAUAUUUUCAGUGAAUAUGAACAUCGCUGAAUGUUUUAUUGUUGAUUUAAUUUGUUACAAAAAGGAUGCACUCUUUAAUGAUAAGCUCAACAUAAUUUUCAAACCAUUAACUAUUUUGAACCGUGUGUGCGUGUGUGUUUGUCUUUGUGUUUGUGUGUGCGUGUGCGUGUGUGUGUGAGCAUGCCGGUAAGCAUGAGGAAGGUUGUGAAGCUAGAUCCGUAUAAAUGCAGAUCAUUGAGAGAUUGAAGGAUGAUAUGGUUGGCAGGUCCUAUGACGGCUGCCAGUGUUGUGUGGUUAACCUAGCUUCACAUUCAUGGUUUUGCACUUCAAAAACAAUAUAAUAUAUUUUUAUUAUAUUAUUUAUAUUUUAUAAUAAGCUGUACACCCUACAGCUUAUUGUGCCAAACUCAUUUGUGGGUAAUGAGUUCUAUAGACUGAACUCCGACGUAUCACAACUCAGUUAUCACACGCACUAGAUACCAAUAGAUUGAAUUUAUUUCCUGCCAAACACAUGUAUUGGUUUACUACAGAAAAUGUAUGCAUUCACAAAUCGGACAUACAUGUCAAAGAUGAGACGACGUCAUGUCUUUAAUAAUCAAGGCAGUUUGGAUCCAGUGAGAGUGUUUGGAAAAAAAAAAAAAACUGCUUUCAAAGCACAUAUUUUAAUGAUGUAAAGUUGCACAAUGUAAAAUAUUUGUUUUCUCAGAUUAAAGUUAUAUUUAUUCAAAACACAACAA